AUGACACCGCAAGAGGCGAUAUCUUCUGGAGAGGAUCAUUGUCAAAACCUUCAUGUUUCACGCUUUUCCAACGCGAGCAGGAGCACCACGGCUUCUGUAACUUCUCGUGAAUCGGCCAUGUCUCCCGGCAGCCUUGAUCAGCAAUCAACGCAGCCGAGCACGAUGAAUGAGCCUGCUCAGGAGAUGAAGAACAGUCAUUGUGGCAGCAAUUUAUUUCCAGAGCCAGACGACCAAGACGACUCGGACCGGGAGGCCGAAGCCCGGCGCUUGACAUUGCAGCAGAAGGAACGAGUGAUGCUGUUAGAGCGGAGAAGCAGCGUUGUUAUUAGGACGAAUGGUUCAACAUCAUCCUCUACUAAAUCAGCGAACAGCUCCUGCAACAGCAGCUCCUCGACAUCAUCUUCCUCUUCCUCCGGGAAAAGAACUGAGAGAAACAGAACACGACGAAAAAACUACCCCGAGCAGGACGAUAUACCGCCGGAUAUAAAUAAUCAGAACCCUUUCGAUGAACUACAAGCAGAAGACCAAGAUGAGGAAGUCCUCCUCUCCUGGCACCGUUUGCCUCGAAAACAGGGCGACUUACUCGUCGAGCGCGUUCUGUCCGCCGGGGCGUGGCUGGGACAUCAGAAGUUGCGACGAAUGAUUCUUAGGAGCGGCGAAAAUGACUUUCAACAUCAUGUGUGGGUCUUGAAGAUGAAAAACCUGGACAAAAGCGGUCGAACCUACGAAGUGCCGGCGCACUUCAUUGGGACGACUUUCGAGGCUUACCGAAACUACUUCCGCUCCUACUACGUCCCCCUGUACCAAGCGGCGCUCGAAUACGCGGGCCUGAGCAGUGCGUACGUAAUUAGUGACGCCGAGGAGUGGGGUCUGGAUCCGGCAUUUUUAGUGCCAAAGAAUAAGAGUUCCGGUAGAAGAAGUCAGCAGCAAAAUCCCCUACACGCGGCGACACAGAAAUUGAACGCGUCAACAUGUGCAGCUUCAAGCGAUUCUCCGCAGACCACCGUCCGCGACGGCGUCAUUUUCCUUGACUGUCCUUUUUUGGUCACCCCUAUUGUUGUCGACUUGAAUGCGAGAAACUGCAUGUAUUUGCAAGCGCCGCAGUACUUCACGGAGCCCUUUAUGGCCAUUCCGGUGGAGGUGGAGGAUCACUACCCGGCUGCACACAUUGAAACGAAGGCCGAUUUCUUCAAAAUGCUCGAGAAAAUCCCGUGCCUUUUUGGGGAACAUCGCGGAGUAGAGAUUUUGGAAGCCCUGUGA